AUGUCUUCUGAGAAAAUAUUCUCAAUAUGUAACAUUGAGCAAACCUUCACAAGAUCCAGUAUUCGGGACUUAGACGCCAUGAUAGGAAAGAGUGUGGAAGCCCGUAACCCCGGGUUUGGCCAAGUCAAAUUAUACUCCUUUUCUAUGAAUAUGGGUUCUAAGAGGAGCCAUCCACAAAUCGAUUCGAAUGAUAUCUCAUCUAGUAAAGAAAAGAGAAUCAAGGUUGAUCGCAAUGCAGUAAACAUAAAAAGCUCUUGUUUACGCGCCGAUAGUGAAGAACCUCAAAAUCAGGCUAAGGAUCUUCUUGCACAGUUAGAGGAGCUUUCUGGAGAGCUCUUGAACCAUCCACAAGCGCUUCAAGAUUAUCUUGGAGAGGCCGGUGGUUCCGACAUCAUAAAGGCAGCAAGGCAGCUGCAGAAAGCGAUUAGUCAAGCCACCGUGGCUCAGGUUUCAGAUUGUUCAAUUACCUCUCCCAAGACUUGCAAUGACGCCCUGCGGACAACUGAAACAUCUAAUUUGCCUCGUCUUCCUCCAGUUCAUGACACUUCACUUGAGCAUGCAGUGUUUACACAUCCAGGCGUGGUCAAGAAUUGCAGUGCACAACCAUCGAGGGAAGUCAGUUAUGACAGAUUGGAAAUCCUCGGUGAUGCCUAUGUGGAAACAAUUGCGACUAGGCUUAUUUGGGAUCGUUUUCCCGGCCUUUCCUCUGGGCGUAUGUCGCAAGUCCGCGAAGACUUGGUCAAAAAUGAAACACUCGCUCAUUAUGCAGACUUGUAUGGUUUUGACAAGAAAGUUGCCGUGCCACAGGAUCAUAGGAGUCAACCAAAGCGGUGGAUGAAAACCAAAGCAGACGUUUUUGAGGCCUAUGUUGCGGCUGUGAUAUUAUCAGAUCCAGUAAAUGGUUACCAGGCGGCCGAAAGCUGGUUGGUGCAAUUGUGGAUGCCAAAGCUCUCUGAGGUAAAGCAGACACAACAAACGCUAAAGUCAAAGGAACUUCUAGCAAAGAAAAUUAUGGGCAAAGGGGUCAAGCUGAAGUAUGUUGACGAACGACCACCAGAGCAGAUGAAAGGAGGUAUGCAAACAUUCUUCAUCGGUGUGUAUCUCACAGGAUGGGGGUGGAAUAAUCAACACUUGGGAUCGGGUCAUGGCCUCAAUAAAGCGAUUGCUGGAGAUGAAGCAGCCCGCCAAGCUCUUCUGAACAAGCCAUUGAUAGACCAAAUUGCGGCUGCAAAACAUGCACAUGAUACCAGAAUUAAGACGGGCUCAUUAGAGCAUGUGGGAGAGAAUUAA